AAACGAUCCUCGAAUCGCAUGGAUCGCUGAUGACUCCCUUCAGACGCCUCGCUCCUCGCAGGAUAGGUGUGUGCCUGUGGGGUUACGGUUGCAGGUCCUCGAUCGAAACAAAGUCGCGUGGACAUUCCAAAUCCGUACUAUGGAGCCGUACGACGUAAUCGUCAACCAGCCGGUGGUUAUCGACAACGGAUCUGGCGUGAUCAAGGCAGGCUUCGCGGGCGAUCAGAUACCUAAAUGCAGAUUCCCGAAUUACAUUGGAAGGCCAAAACAUGUACGUGUUAUGGCUGGUGCUUUGGAGGGAGAUCUGUUUGUGGGUCCAAUAGCGGAGGAGCAUCGUGGCCUUUUAUCUCUUCGGUAUCCAAUGGAACACGGUGUGGUCACAGAUUGGAACGACAUGGAGCGCAUCUGGUCUUACGUCUAUAGCAAAGAUCAGUUGGCCACGUUCAGCGAGGAGCAUCCGGUCUUGCUUACAGAAGCACCUUUAAACCCCAGGAAGAAUCGUGAGAAGGCAGCCGAAAUAUUUUUCGAAACGUUUAAUGUUCCAGCUUUGUUUGUUUCUAUGCAAGCUGUACUUAGCUUAUACGCGACAGGCAGAACUACGGGAGUAGUUUUAGAUGCUGGCGAUGGUGUUACGCACGCUGUACCUAUUUAUGAAGGUUUCGCCAUGCCUCACAGUAUAAUGCGAGUUGAUAUAGCAGGACGUGAUGUCACAAGGCAUCUUAGGCUACUUUUACGCAAGGAAGGUAUUAAUUUCAAGACCACCGCGGAAUUUGAAAUUGUCAGAAUAAUUAAAGAGCGAGCGUGCUACCUCGCUAGCAACCCUCAAAAAGAAGAGACAAUAGAGACGGAGAAGUUUCAAUAUGUGUUACCUGACGGCAGUCACUUGGAGAUUGGUCCGGCACGAUUCAGAGCUCCUGAGGUGCUGUUCAGACCAGAUCUGAUAGGCGAAGAAUGCGAAGGCCUUCAUGAAGUACUAACGUAUUCCAUUCAGAAGUCCGAUUUGGAUUUGAGAAAAGUUCUAUUCCAAAAUAUCGUGUUGUCGGGUGGAUCGACAUUAUUCCGCGGUUUCGGUGACAGGUUAUUGUCGGAGAUUCGUAGAAUGUCGCCAAAAGACAUUAAAAUAAGGAUAUCCGCACCUCAGGAACGAUUAUACAGCACUUGGAUCGGCGGUUCCAUUUUGGCUUCUUUGGAUACGUUCAAAAAGAUGUGGGUGAGCAAAAGAGAAUUCGACGAGGAUGGUAUACGGGCUAUUCAUCGUAAAACAUUUUGAAUUUAAUUUAGAGAAGCUUUCGAGAAUGUUAUAUAUCGAAUAAUUUUAUUAUAAUACGAAAUGAUGGCACACACACUCGGCACGGUAACAAAAUAGUAUAUCGCAAGCAAGCAUAAUUCAUAAUUAUUUUGGAUAGUAAUUCGUAUAAUUUUUAUCAUUAUUUCAUGGAGUCAUUAUUUAGUUAUUUCUAAUCAUGUUUUAAGGCCCGCGAUAUAGUGCAAAAACAGUUUCGAUUAAUUUUUUUGUCUCUUUAAUCGAUUAAUGUGACUUUAUUUUGAUAGGUAUAUACAUGGUUGUGUCAAUAUACAAUUAAUAUACAUGAAUAUUUCUGCAAAGACUGUACGACAUGAUAAAAAGAAAGCUAGCAACCUCAAAAUCCCGUAAAAAUGUAAAUAACGUCUUUUCGAAUCAAAUGAAUUGUCAAACAUAAAAUUUCAAACUGGUUUUAGAAUUUAUUUAUUUUUAUUUAUAUAUUUAUGUUGUGCGCUCCUUUAAGGUGUGUACCGCAGAAUACACGAUUUGUCAUAUCUAAGACAAAACGCUCUAUUUCGUGUUCAAUAUAGCAAAACGAGGUUCUGUAAUUUCUAUGUGCAACAACAUUUAUACAAAGCAUUGUAAAUAUGUAUGCUUUCGUAAAAAUAAAUCACCAUAGUCUUUACACGUACACGCGACACACACACACACAAGUGCAUGUGAUUAAAAUGUGAAUUUCUAUAAUUAUACUGUAACGUCGAGAUUUGUAGCUUUAACUUAAACAGUUGAUUCCAACAUACUUUGUAUCACGCUAUAAGCUAUUGAUUUUUAAAUGUAUAUUAAAUGCUGAAGGAGAACACAGUCUUUGAUACCUUUCAUUUACAUAGCGUAUUUUGCUGCGAUAAGAAUAGGGAUUAUCGACGUUCUUAUCGCUGCGUAACAAGGAAGAUCGUGUUUGCAAAUAAUGAGCAAUAAUUAAAUUGGAACGAAUUCAGUCGUCAUGAAAUAUCUGUUGGAAUUUUAUAUUGUAUACGAUAUGUCUGCACUGCUCGGGGAGAAAAGAAUAUCAAGGACGUUUAGAAACUUGUUGACAAUUAAUUUAUUUAACGUCGCACACGCAAUGAAAAAAUACUCGAAAUUACGAGAUACUGCACGAGGCAAGAAGUACUGUAUUUAGAGAAAUGCGCCUGAAUCAAUAUAUAAUAUUUAAAAGACAACCUGCAAACGCAUCUAUAUUAAAGCUAAUGUAAACGAGUGUUUAUACCAUUUUUAAUUAUUUAACAAAUGUGUAUUUUUGUUUAAUAAAUAAACAACUAUACGA